UGCCACAGCAGAUCCGAGGUAGAUCUGCACGUUGAUCUGGCAUGGGUUUCACACUGGGUGCCUUUCUUGACACACCUCCACAUUACGUGGAAAAAAGUGGCAGGGGUGGGGUUUGAACCAGGAACCUUUCACAAUGAAAACAAGUGCACUAACCACUUGGCCACUAAUUUUUAAUCUUCCUUGGAGCGGUUCAUAAUCAUGGGAGGAGUAAAAGAGUAAGCCUGACAAACACGUUUGGCAAAUGCUUUUGGGCUUUUCUUUCUGCAGUUAAAGCAGCAGAUCAGAUCUGCUCCCCGGCUUCCAGCAUUCCUCUCUGCAGCUUCACUACUUCAGCCAAGAUUUAGGAGGCCAUUGGGGUGCUGCAGUGACUGUGGGAUGGAUGCUGGGAGCAGUGACCCCAUAAGCCAGCUGCAGAGGAGCUGCCACACGGCAUUUGUAGACACCAACAACACGCUGCACGUCUGGGGAGGUUACCAGGUCAUUGCUGGAGAGGAUGUCAUGUUGCCCAGUGAUGAGAUUUGGCUUUGUGAUUUAGACAGUGGAAUUUGGCAUCGGAGGCAGAUCACCGGAGACAUCCCACCAGACUUAUUAGGCUUCUGUGGCUCUUAUGUUAACAACACGCUCUACAUCUUUGGAGGAUGCGACCCCAACGGAUACUCCAAUCAAAUGUUUUCUGUUGACCUGAGUGAGCGCUGCUGCUCAUGUAGGAGAGUGACCAACACCAAGGGAACGACCCCCUCACCUCGAAACAAACACACCUGCUGGGUACACAAAGACAGACUGAUCUACUUUGGUGGAUAUGGGUGCAAGACCAUCGCAGAAGUCCAAAACACUUCAUCGUCCAGUUUCAUUGUUGAAGAGAUGGCCUGGACAAUGAUUGGGGGCACCUUGUUCACGUGCUGGGGCUGGAACAAUGAAGUCACUGUGUUUGACAUACACACGUCUAUAUGGAGCUUGGCUGAGACUAACGGUUCUGCUCCAAGCCCCAGAAGUUGCCAUGCCAGUGCGCUUCUCGGAAACAAAGGCUACAUUUCCGGUGGUUUGGGCAGAGCAGAGUUGGACAUAUUCUCCUUAGAUCUUGAAACCUGGACUUGGACUGCAUUCGACACCCCCCUGUCUUUCACACCUCCAGGGCGCUCUAUGCAUACCAUGACACCCGUAUCAGAUCACACACUCUUCAUAUACGGAGGUCUCGGGAGAGAUGGAAACACUCUGAAUGAUGCCUGGAGGUUCCACACAGUCAAGAAAGAGUGGACAAAGAUGACACAAACACAUAACAACAAGCCCAGGGUUUGCCACACAGCAUGUGUCGGAAGAGAUAAUGAUGUUAUUAUGUUUGGGGGAAGCAGCAACUUCUGUGUACUUGUGGACACGAUAGCUGUCCUGAGAUCACCGGGGCAACAUCUCUGCAGAGACGUGGUUGUUUUUCAGACACAGCCGUAUUCCCUAUUCAGACUGUGUGAGGACUUCAUAGGAAGAAACGCCAACCUGUUUGGAAAUAAGUUGAGCUACCUGCCAUCAAGACUGCAGAGCAAACUGGAAAAAAGAAUUGUCUUUUUCUCUGCCACCAAACCUGUGUCCACAGUUUAAAGGUUGAUUUUCGAGCAGUACAGUUCUGAGCCAGUCAUUCUUUACCUCACUGUCUUCACUUUUAAUUAAGCAAAAUGUGAAAUGACUUGAAAAAACCUUGAUACCAAGGUCUCAUUCUAACUUAUACAUUCACAUAUUCUGUAAAUAAAGUUUUUCCUUCUGUCUUAUUUUCAACAGCUACUUCAGCCCAUUUUGGCAUAAAGCAAUUUGUACAGUGUUUGUCUCUGAAUAAAGGUACUGAUAUUUUGACCAGUA